UACGACUCGAGUGAAAUUGUAUUGGGAAGAAUGCCGCUUUUCAGUAAAAACAACGAGAAAGACUUGGCAGUUAUUAACAGAAAAAUUGCUGAGAUGAAAAAGAAGAUCCAGUUAUCAGAGGGACAACGUAAGGCUCAUUUUGAAGAAUGUGAUGCAGAAAAGAAACAAAACAUAGAGAAGAUUGUUCAGCUUAAGAAGGAGAUCAAAGAAAUGUAUCUUGAACGAGGAAAACCAGGACAGUGUGAUGAACUUCCUGUGAAGUCUAACUAUAGAAAUGCCAAGGGAGUGUACGUCUUAAGGAGAAAGAAGAAUUAUGAAGUUGCUGGAAUACUUGAUGACAGAAUAUGCGGCCUGAAGAAGAAGCUGGACGUGCUACGACACCAAUCGAGGAUGGCACAAAGACGAAUGAAAAAACUCGCAAGUGAGUACCAAGAGCUACUUCAGAGUGUUUUUUCUACGCAAAGAAAAGAUUUGGGUGAUAAUUUGUCGUCAAAGCAAGUAUGCUCGCUAGAGAACCAGAUACAUCGUGUGGAGAUGAACAUGAUGGAAGCAGAGCAUGUGAAAAAGAAGUACCGUUCUAUUCGAACGAGUCUCCUUGAUGACAGCGUUGAGUUUGAGAGCACACUGAAAAGACUGGAAAACAUGAUACAGAAGCAACAAGCGGAAAUAAAUCAUCUACAGGAGAUAAACAAAGAGGCAAUGGAUCUCCGAGACAUGACAAAAGGGACGCUGGUGAAACAAGAAACGAUAGCUCUGAACGCUGGGAAACUCAGGGAGAGACAGCUCCAGGAAUUCAGGUUGCAGGUAGAGGAACGACGUUUGGAGCUAGAGCGCUUAGAAAGACGAAUUUUUCCUACGAGUCGCCCUAUGGUACAUCAAGACUCAACGAGUUCAAACGAUGCUGCUCAGACGAUGGCCGAAGAGACGGCAGCUGCAGCGGCGACGGAUUUCCUUGAAAAUGCGUUUGCCAAACUGAAGGAAGCAACAGGAGAAUCGGAGACUGAGGAAGUUCUACACCGGUUUCUGUCGCAGAGAGAAACAAUGUCUCGCCUCACGUACCUGAAAAACAUCACCGAAGAAGAGAAAAGAGACUUGGAAAUAAAAAAGGAUUUUAUGAUGGCUGAACUGGAAGCAUUUAAGUUCGCAGAAGUCAAGGACAAGGAACAGAAUAUGGAAGAAGUUGAGAAUCUCAAACAGUUAAUAGAGAAGCAGAACAAAAGAAAAGAAAAAUUAGAUGAGCAAAUAAAAAGGAUAACUCAGCAACUACUUGAAAUAAAUGAAAUACUGUUCGGGUUUUGUCUGAAGCUUCAGGAUGUGGACGAUGUACCUUUGCCUGCACAGACGUCCGACUUCGGUACUGUCAAAGAAGUGCUUCACAUCUUAGAGCACAAAAUACAGAGCGCUGUGCAGAUUUUGUGCCAAAGGGAAGAAGCAAGAAAAGAGGCCAUGGAGGAAGGUGAGUGCUGCAAAAAUAUGCAGUUUGAGCUAUACACCACAGUGAAAUCGUCAGAACACCUUCUUCCUUCCGUUCUAAAAUGGUGUUCAUGUGAGAGUGAUAUUUUCACAUUAUGGAAUUUGCUUAGAUAUUGGCUGUUAUUUAGUAGUUGCAUAUCAUCACAACUCGUACUGUCUUCACAGGCAUAUAGUAGUGGCAGACUGAUUGCUGAAGAAAGCUGGAAGUUUCAACAGAACCAACAAAAAUCCAACCAAGAGUCUCGGACCUCUAUUUUGCCAACCUCAGAGACUGACGAAGAGGAUGAUGUGCCAACAAGAAGUUAUCUGAAACGCCAGGCCCAAAUAAUUGUGGAUGCAAAAUCUCGUCGAAAGCAGUUCAAUUUCAAUCGUGGAAGAAAGUAAAUUUCUCCAAAUUAAGCCAACACACAACACAUGUACAAAAUUUUGCAGUGCAUAAAACAUUUAAAUAUUUUGCUUAAAUUUGAGGUGAAUCAAAUAUAUUAAUACAGAGGAAUAUCUAUUUUGUCACAGACUGAU